AUGGCGAGUGUGGUGGUUAAGACGAUCUGGCAAUCCAAGGAGAUCCAUGAAGCCGGAGAUCCCCCGGCGGGGGCCGAGAACCGGACCCCACUGGGGCCUGAGGCCCCUGGGGCUGGAUCUGGCCCCGGAAAGGGGAUCACCAAGAAAAAGAAGGCUGUGUCUUUCCAUGGGGUAGAGCCCCGGAUGUCCCAUGAGCCCAUGCAGUGGUGCCUGGACCUGAAGCGCUCCUCGGCCUGCACCAAUGUCUCCCUCCUCAACCUGGCAGCCGUGGAGCCUCCUGACUCCUCCAGGAUCGAGUCUACCACCGACGAGCUGCCGGCCCUGCCUGCCUCUGGGACUUCCUCGCCCCCCGCCCUGAGCCUGCCCGCCUCGGCCCCAGCCUGGGCCCCUGACGACCCUGACAUUGCCGACCUGCUGAAUGGGGUGAACAGCGGCUUGCUGCGGGCCAAGGACUCCAUCACCAGCCUCAAGGAGAAGACCACCCGGGUCAACCAGCACGUCCAGUCGCUUCAGAGCGAGUGCUCGGUGCUGAGCGAGAACCUGGAGCGUAGGAGGCAGGAGGCCGAGGAGCUGGAGGGAUAUUGUAGCCAGCUGAAGGAGAAUUGCCGGAAGGUGACCCGCUCAGUGGAAGACGCUGAGAUAAAGACAAACGUCCUGAAGCAGAACUCGGCCCUGCUGGAGGAGAAACUCCGGUUCCUCCAGCAGCAGCUGCAGGAUGAGUCCCCAAAACGACAGGAGUCUGAGCUCCCGGAACUGGAACAGCAGCUGGAGGCCGGACUGUCCCGCUACUCAUUGGUCUCCUCCUGCCCCACUCCGCCCCCCGAAGAGACCCAGCCCCACAUUGAACCCCAGCCCCAGCCCGACCCAGAACCCGAGCCCGAGCGCCACCCGGAACCGGGGCUGGAGCCUGAGCCCGGUCCUACUUCCACGCCCCAGACGGGCAGCCCCACGGAGCCCUCUGGACCGAGGGUUCCAGUCAAGCCCGGGGACGGGCUCGAAGGCCAGAGCGACGGCCAGGGCCAGGGGCGCACAGGGGAGAGUGGAGAACUGGAGCUGCAGAAGGUCACCGCCGGCCUGGAGGAGCUUAGGAGAGAGGUGUCCUCGCUGACGGCACGCUGGUAUCAGGAGGAGGGCGCGGUGCAAGAGGCGCUUCGACUGCUCGGAGGUCUCGGGGGGCGGCUGGACGGCUUCCUGGGCCAGUGGGAGCGGGCGCAGAAGGAGCAGGCCCAGACUGCGCGGGGCCUCCAGGAGCUGCGGGGCCGGGCGGACGAGCUCUGUACCAUGGUGGAGCGUUCUGCCGUGUCCGUGGCUUCACUGCGGGGGGAGCUGGAGGGCCUGGGUCCCGUGAAGCCUGUGCUGGAGGAGCUGGGUCGACAGCUGGGCAGCGCCCGCCGAGGCUCCGAGCUCGCUAUGGCCUUGGACCGGCCGGGCUCCUGCACUCGCUGCGGCAGCCAGGGGCAGCUGUCGUCGGAGUCCCUGCAGCAGCUCCUGGAGCGGGCCCUGACGCCGCUGGUGGACGAAGUCAAGCAGCGUGGCCUGGCCCCUGCGUGCCCCAGCUGCCAGCGGCUACAUAAGAAGAUCCUGGAGUUAGAGCGCCAGGCCCUGGCGAAGCAUGUGCGGGCUGAGGCUCUGAGCUCCACUCUGAGGCUGGCCCAAGAUGAGGCCCUCAGGGCCAAGAACCUGCUGCUCACAGACAAGAUGAAGCCUGAGGAGAAGGUGGCUGCUUUGGACUACCUGCAUCUGAAGAUGUGCUCCCUACAUGACCAGCUCAGCAGCCUCCCUCUGGAGGGAUCGGCCACGAGCCUAGGGGGAGGGAGCAGUGGAGGAGCCCCUCCAAAACGUGGGGGCCCCGCACCUGAGCAAUAAAACCUCAACCCCA